UGAGAAAAAUCUUUAUUGAAGCAUUUUUCCAUAUAGAAUAAGUGGUUUUUAAAAAUCAGCAAAAGCACAAUGGGAUUUGUUUUUUCUCAUUAAUGUGACUUCAAAGAUGUAGUUUGCUAUAGAAAAUGACCUGCAAAAGCUGGCUUACUGUUUUCUCAUGCUUUCAUUGGUACAUACACAGAGAAAAUAUACAUAGGGCAGUACUGGGGAGUGUGGAGGUAAAGUGAUGAAUUUCCAGGUCAGGAAUAUGUACAUUCAAAUCUUCAGAUACUUAACAGCUAUUUAACCCUUGGCAAAUCAUUUAAUCUAUCUAAGCCUCAGUUUCUCAUUUGUGAAAUGAACAGGUUGUACUUGAUCUGUAAAAUCUCAUCCAGCUUUAAAUCUAUAAACCCAACUACAAAAGCCCCCUCAGUGAAAUCUUAAGAUUUCACUUAAGAUUAAGACAUAGAUCUGAGCAUCUACAUUUGAUAAGCAACAUGGAUGAACACAGAUCACUCAGGUUAUGGCAUGCAUCUUCAAUAAGCAGCCUAUUAAAUUAAUCCAUCAGUAUGAGUGUCUUAAAUAAAUGGUGAAGUUAAGUAAUUUCUUGUGCAUGAAAGAAAGAAGUAGAAAAUGACUGCACAGGGCUUUCAAUGAUAUCAAACUGUUCAUAGGUACAAGAGCUGAUCUGUCUCAUGAUACUAUGAGGCUGAGAAUCAAACACCAUGUUUUCAGAAUUUAAAUUGUAAAUAACUCCAGGAAACAAAGUUGCAUUGGUUUAGACAGGUUAUCUCAUAUUACCAUUAAGUACUUUUGGAAAACAUAUGUAGGGGUAGAAUAGACAUGGUGAGUAUAUGCUUAAUUGAAAAGGAGGGCAGGUCAUUAAAGAAAGAAUUGAGGGAAGGAGAGAAUUUUGAAUUCAAUUAAAAAAAAACAAUUGUUAAAAUGUAUACAUGUAAUUGGCAAAACUAUUUUGAAAAGAAAAAGGGACAAAAGAGUAAUAUUUAAAGUGGUACCCCAAAGAUACAAAAAGAACAAGAGGAAAGCCUCCAGCACAUUGGGUAAAUAUUCUGUAACAGGACAAAAAUGAGAAAGAAUGUAACAGGGUAAGAGAAGAGGGAGGAGCUGUGAUCUGUAUUGAUGUAAAUGGUGUCUAUACUUCAAAGAAAUCAUAGAUUCAUCAAAAUAUCUUUCUCUUGGCCUAGUAUAAUUCUCUGCAAUCUUAUAAUAGAGAUUCAAAUAUUUACUGACAGGAAACUUUGUUCAAAAUUCCUUUCCAUUAAGAUGAUUCCUUAAGAUCCUCUUUAAUUCUAAAAUUAUAUGAUUUUCAGCAUUUAUUUAACAGCCGUAAAUAAUGUUUUUUAAUCCGUAUUUUAUGCAAUCAAAAAUUAUCACAGAAUGAGUAAAUCAAUGAUUUCUGAUAAGAAAUAUAUUAUUACUCCACAGAUGUACUAGACAUCAUUUCACAAUGUAAUCAAACCUUAAGGCAAAGUUGAAAAAUUACAUUGUUAUUAUCAUUCUUUAAUUUUGCAUCUCUUACUAUAGACCUGACCUAAAAAGACACUGUUUCAUUAAGUGUGAAACAAUAGUACCUAGUUUUCAUGGGACUUGGUAAUAAAUAUAGUAAUUAUGAAGAGCACUUACUUGUAUGUAUACCAGUGAAAAUACUAGGGGUCUAGUAUUAAAAAAUCACUAUGUGAUUAUUUAAAAUUGGUGUUUGAUUUAGGAGUAAAAAUUUUUUUUUUCCAUUUACUUGAGCCAUAGUUCCCUUUUCUGUAAAAUGAAGUUGGAUUGGAUGAUCUCUAUGAAGUCCUUUCCAGUUCUGAUAUUAGAUGUCUAUAAUUCUGGCUUGCCUACAUAUUCUCAAGAGAAUGUGAGUGAGGAAAGCACUAUUUGUUAACUUUCAAGUAGUGCUUUCUGUCUGUUAAUUAUUUUCUAUUUAUCCUACAUAUAGCUUGCUUUAUAUAUACUUGUUUACAUGUGCUAUAUCCCCAUUGGAUUGCAAGCUCAUGGAGGGGAGAUACUGUCUUUUGCCUCUUUGUAUCCCUAGCUGCUUAACACUGUGCCUGGAAUAUAAAAGACACUUAAUAAAAGUUUAUUGAUUUUUAAAUAAAUAUGAAUUAUCAUCUCUUAGCCAGCUAACUUACUUCUAGCUUCCUAAGUGAAUGCUGGAAGUGAUUAGAAAGUAAGAAUGGUAAAUGAUGUAAUUUCAUGCUGUAUUCACUAGUGUCAUGCUCUUAUAAUUUCAUAAAUAUUAUUUGAGGAGGAUGCUGAUAACUUUAUUUGAUUGAAUUUACUUAAGAGCAGCCUCUUCUUAGAAUCCUUCCUAAAGUCUGGAAAGAGGGUAAUACAGAAUGGGUAAAGUGGCUGUAAGAAUGGCAAUUUGCCUUAUUAUAAAACUGAGGCAUGAUAAUGACUCCACAACAUUAGUUUUCCAAAAGGCAAAGAUUUUUCCUAACAGUUGUCCAGAAACUGUGUUGGUGUCUAAUCAAACAAACUAUAACAAUUCCAGAAUUAGAGAAGGUACCUCAUUAUUCCUGGCAAAUCUGCCAAAGCAACUUGGCCUAGGAAAACAAACACCCAUAGAUGACUUUUUUGCCUCCUCUGGGACACUUUCAACCUGAGUAGCUGCACUUGACAAGUCAAUUUCAUUCCUAUAUCCCCUAGAGUUCUGGGUUCUCAUGGGACAGCCACAUUUUCCCCAAUUAGUGGAGGCUUGUGCUUGUGAGCUAACCCAUAUUCCCUUCCUUUCUCCCAUCCCUACUGCAAAAUUACAAUUGGCAGUUCGUGGAGACAUCUUGAAAAAUGAAGAGGAAGUGGCAAAAUUUAGGGUAAAUACAAAUAACCCACACUAGCCUAAUUCCAAGACUUCCAAGAAGGGCGAUGGUAAAGCAUCACAACCCUGCAAGGCAUAUGUAACUCGGGGCUACUUUGUUGAAAACUAACAUACUUUUCUGUUCUUCCCUUCUUUAUAAUAAGAUGGGAAAAAUAAGCUCAACAAAUGAGGAGCCAUGUGCUUGUCUUCUGAAGUGCACAAGCCGGCUGUGGCUCCAGGCGGACCGAAGUCUUGGUUCCCCGCCUUCAGCUGCCUGACACAGAGUAGGGGAGGAGCAGGAGCCGGGAAAGGGGGGGUGGGGGGCGAGCGCGCACCAUCCCGAGCCAAGACAAGCAACACAUUCACAAAUAACACCCCCCACUUCCACCCCCACCACCACGCGCUACCAUUCAAACCAGCCUCUCUCCCCAGCCACACUGACACUGUCCGCACCGCCACCCUGCUGGGGCGCAGCGCCAGGGCGCACGGAGCCCAGUCUUGCUGUCCGAGUCGGAGCAGGAGCCGGAGUCCAGGCAGCGGCCCCGGCAGUCGCACAAGGAUCCCCAGCGCCAGCCAGGGGGAGCUGGAAGGAGUCACCUCCGAGACACCGCGGAACAAGAAGAAAGAGCGAGUUAGGGGAGGUGGGCUCCUCUGACACUGCCCUCCUUCGGCGGCCGGUCCGCCGGAGUAGAGGGCUACCAUGGCAUUGGCAGUCGGGCUGCGGUACCGAGGGAGCCUGGCCCCCAUCCUCUCGAGCACCCUGUGUCUCCUCUACUUCGCCGGACAGGUAUGUGGAGAUCAAAGCCAAGGAGCUGUUUUUUUACGGGAAUUUACACUGAUUCGAAGAGAGAGCCUUCAUGAUGAUUUCCUUUCUGAUCUCCUGAAUAGUCACAAAAUUGAAGAUGCGAGUUCUAGGACAGCCCGUUCAGAAGAAGACCGGGAUGCAUUGUGGGAUGCCUGGGGUCCUUGGAGUGAAUGUUCCCGAACUUGUGGAGGAGGAGCCUCCUAUUCACUGAGACGUUGCCUUAGCAGCAAGAGCUGUGAAGGACGUAAUAUUCGAUAUAGAACCUGCAGCAAUGUGGACUGCCCUCCAGAAGCAGGAGAUUUUCGAGCCCAGCAGUGUUCUGCUCACAAUGAUGUCAAGUAUCAUGGCCAAUUGUAUGAAUGGCUACCUGUGUCAAAUGACCCCGACAACCCAUGUUCUUUGAAGUGCCAGGCCAAAGGGACUGCUCUUGUUGUUGAAUUAGCCCCUAAAGUUUUAGAUGGUACAAGAUGCUACACAGAAUCACUGGACAUGUGUAUUAGUGGUUUAUGUCAAAUUGUUGGCUGUGACCACCAGCUAGGAAGCACUGUCAAGGAAGAUAACUGUGGAGUCUGCAAUGGAGACGGUUCCACCUGCCGGCUGGUCAGAGGGCAGUACAAAUCGCAGCUCUCAGCAACCAAACUUGAUGACACCGUAGUUGCCAUUCCCUAUGGAAGUAGACAUGUUCGCCUUGUCUUAAAAGGACCCGAUCACUUGUAUCUGGAAACCAAGACACUACAGGGUGCAAAAGGUGAAAAUAGCCUCAGCACUACAGGUUCCUUCCUUGUGGACAAUUCCAGUGUCGACUUCCAGAAGUUUCCAGAUAAAGAGAUAUUGAGAAUGGCUGGACCCCUCACUGCAGAUUUUAUUGUCAAGGUCCACAAUGCUGGAACUGCUGAUAGUACCGUUCAGUUCAUCUUUUAUCAGCCCAUCAUACAUCGGUGGAGAGAGACUGAUUUCUUCCCUUGCUCAGCAACCUGUGGAGGAGGUUACCAGCUGACCUCGGCUGAAUGCUAUGAUCUGCGGAGCAGCCGUGUCGUAGCAGAUCAAUACUGCCACUAUUACCCAGAGAACGUCAAACCCAAACCAAAGCUUCAAGAGUGUAACUUGGACCCCUGUCCUGCCAGUGACGGCUACAAGCAGAUCAUGCCCUAUGACCUCUACCAUCCCCUUCCUCGGUGGGAAAGUACACCAUGGACAGCCUGCUCCUCCUCCUGUGGAGGUGGCAUCCAGAGCCGGACAGUUUCUUGUGUAGAAGAAGACAUCCAGGGGCAUGUCAGUUCAGUGGAAGAAUGGAAAUGCAUGUACACUCCUAAGAUGCCUAUCGUUCAGCCCUGCAACAUUUUUGACUGUCCUAAGUGGCUGGCACAAGAGUGGUCUCCGUGUACUGUGACAUGUGGCCAGGGACUCAGAUACCGUGUAGUCCUCUGUAUUGAUCAUCGAGGAAUGCAUACAGGUGGUUGCAGCCCUAAAACAAAGCCACACAUAAAAGAAGAAUGCAUUAUACCCACUCCCUGCUAUAAACCCAAAGAGAAACUUCCUGUGGAAGCCAAGCUGCCAUGGCAUAAGCAAGCCCAAGAACUGGAAGAAGGAGCCGUGGUGUCAGAAGAGCCCUCAUUCAUCCCCGAGGCCUGGUCAGCCUGCACGGUCACCUGUGGCGUGGGCACCCAGGUGAGGAUGGUGAAAUGUCAGGUGCUCCUGUCUUUCUCCCAGUCUGUGGCUGAUCUGCCCGUCGACGAAUGUGAAGGUCCCAAGCCAGUGUCCCAGCGUGCCUGCUAUGCCGGACCUUGCAACGGGGAAAUUUCCGAGUAUAACCCUGAGGAGACAGACCUGCUCUAUGGUGGCCUGCAGGAUUUUGAUGAGCUGUUUGACUGGGAGUAUGAGGGCUUCACGGAGUGUUCCGAGUCCUGUGGAGGAGGUGUCCAAGAGGCUGUGGUGAGCUGCCUGAACAAACAGACGCGGGAGACCGCGGAUGAAAGCCUGUGCGUGACCAGCCGCCGGCCACCGAAGCUCCUGAAAUCCUGCAAUUUGGAUCCCUGCCCUUCGAGGUGGGAAAUUGGCAAGUGGAGUCCAUGUAGUUUAACCUGUGGAGUCGGCCUACAGACUCGGGAUGUUUUCUGCUCCCACCUACUUUCCAGAGAGAUGAACGAGACUGUGGUGCUGGCAGAUGAACUGUGCCACAAGCCCAAGCCCACCAUAGUACAAGCUUGCAACCGUUUCAACUGCCCACCAGCCUGGUACCCUGCAGAAUGGCAACAGUGUUCCCGGACCUGUGGAGGGGGUGCUCAGAAAAGAGAUGUUCUUUGCAAACAACGAAUGGCUGAUGGCAGCUUCCUUGAGUUGCCAGAGACCUUUUGCUCAGCCCCAAGACCUACCUCUCAACAAGCAUGCAGGAAUGAAGAUUGUCCUCAUGAAUGGCUUCUCUCUGAGUGGACACAGUGUUCCAGGAGCUGUGGAGAGGGCACCCAGACUCGCAGUGCCAUCUGCCGAAAGAUCCUGAAAUCCGGAGAGUCGGUCAUUGUCAACUCUUCCCUAUGCGCACCAUUGCCUUUCUCUUCCUCUGUCCAACCCUGCAUACUACCAGCAUGUGCAGGGCCCAGUCGCCCAUCUCCAAAGCACAGUCCUCACAUUACAGCCGUCAGGAAGAUCUAUAUUCAGAUCCAGAAACAAAGAAAGUUACACUUUGUGGUAGGGGGCUUUGCCUACCUGCUUCCCAAGACUUCGGUGGUCCUCAGGUGCCCCACACGGAGGUUCCGAAAGCCUCUCAUCACCUGGGAGAAGGAUGGCCAGCACCUCACCAGCUCUGCCCACAUCACAGUGGCCCCUUUUGGCUACCUGAAGAUUCAUCGUCUGAAGCCCUCUGACAUGGGCACCUACACCUGCUCUGCAGGACCAGCUCAGGAGCAUUUUGUGAUCAAACUCAUUGGGGGCAACCGUAAGCUUCUGGCCAGACCCUUGGGACUGAGGGGUGAGGAGGAGACCCCACCAGGAAGGAAGAAUAGCCCAAAUGAGGCUCUGCGCACCCAGGAGAAGCAUCAAAAUGGAAUUUUUUUCAAUGGCAGUAAGGCUGAAAAGCGAGUCCCCCCAGUUGACCCAGGAAGCCGCUAUGAUGACAUUGUCUCUAGGCUGCUGGAGCAGCGAGGUUGGCCUGGUGAGCUGUUCGCCUCUUGGGAGGCCCAGGACUCUACAGAGAGGAACAUCUCCUCAGAAGAGGACCAGAAUCCAGAGCAAGCCCUCCUCCACUUGCCUUUCACCUUGGUAACUGAGCAGCAGCGGCUAGAUGACCUCCUCAGAAACAUCUCCCAGCAGCCCGAGGAGCUCCGAGACCUCUAUAGCAAACACUUGGUGUCCCAGCUAGCCAGGGAAAUCUUCCGGAGUCACCUAGAGCACCAGGACUCACUCCUCAAGUUCCCAGAAGGAAGAAUCCACCCUGUGGCCAUCCCUCCCCACAAACACGUGUCUGGAUUCAGCAGUUCUCUCCGCAUCUCCUCUUUGGGCUCCUCAGGAGAGAUGAGAAGUGGCCAACCCCACAGGAAGCCCGUGAUACUAAGGAAGAUUUCAGCAGCCCAGCAGCUCUCAGCCUCCGAGGUGGUCACACACCUUGGGCAGACUGUAGCCCUUGCCAGUGGCACACUGAGCGUGCUUUUGCACUGUGAAGCUGGGGGAAACCCAAAACCUACCAUCACGUGGGCCAGGAACGGGGAAGAGGUUCAAUACAGCAACAGGAUUCUUCUGCAACCAGAUGAUUCUUUACAGAUCCUAGCACCUGUUGAAGCAGAUGUGGGUUUCUACACUUGCAAUGCCACAAAUGCCCUGGGUUCUGACUCUGUCUCCAUUGCUGUCACUUUAGCAGGAAAACCAUUGGUGAAGACAUCAAGGAUGGCUGUCACCAAUAUAGAUUUGCCUGCUGUCAUAGUUGAUGUGGGAAGUGUCAUCAAAACCAUCCCAGGAGUAAAUGUGACAAUUAGCUGCCAAGUCGCAGGUGUGCCUGAAGUAGAAGUCACUUGGUUCAGGAAUAAAAGCAAACUGGCUCCCCUUCACCACCUGCACGAUGGCUCCCUGUGGAUUACAAAUGUCUCCUUUUCUGAUCAGGGGCUCUACUCCUGCAGGGCAGUCAAUCUUCAUGGAGAAGUGACCGAAAACACCCAGCUAGUGAUCCUAGAUCCACCCCAUCCCCCUUCUCAAAUGGAAGACAUCAAGGCUCUACUUUCAGCCAAUGGACCAAACCUUCCCUCUGUACUGACUUCUCCUCUGGGAACACAGCUGGUCCUGAGUCCUGGGAAUUCUGCCAUCCUUGGUUGCCCAGUCAAGGGCCAUCCUUAUCCUAAUAUCACUUGGUUCCAUGACCAUCAGCCUAUUGCCACAAUAGCAGAGCCAACAUACCACAUUUUGGCAGCUGGACAGAUUCUUCUGAUCAGAAAUGUCAGUGCAGGAUCUCAGGGAGAAUUCAGCUGCCUGGCUCAGAAUGAAGCUGGAAUGCUAGUGCAGAAGACAUCUCUGGUGAUCCAAGAAUACUGGUGGUCAGUGGACAAACUGGUGGGAUGUUCAGCCUCAUGUGGGAACAAAGGAAUUCAACAACCCCAGCUGAAGUGUGUGCUGAAUAGUACCGAGGUCAGCCCUUCGUUUUGUGCCGGAAAAGCCAAGCCAGCUGUGCAACCUGUAGCCUGCAACCGAAGAGACUGCCCAUCCCGGUGGAUGGUCACUCCCUGGUCAUCCUGUACCCGAAGCUGUGGGGGAGGCGUCCAGACACGUCGAGUUACGUGCCAGAAACUAAAAGCCAGUGGCGCCUCAGUACCCAUGUCCAACGAGAUGUGUUCCCAACUGGCCAAACGACCUGUGGACACCCAAGCGUGUAACCAGCAGCUCUGUGUGGAAUGGGCCUUCUCUAGUUGGGGUCAGUGUAAUGGGCCAUGCAUCGGGCCCCGGCUGGCCGUGCAGCACAGACAAGUCUUCUGCCAGACAAGGGAUGGAAUCUCCUUACCUUUUGAGCAAUGUAGUGCCCUCCCAAGGCCUGUGAGCACUCAGAACUGCUGGGCAGAAGCCUGCGGCGUACACUGGAGGGUCAGCCUGUGGACACUGUGUACAGCGACGUGCGGCAACUACGGCUUCCAGUCCCGGCGGGUGGACUGCAUACACAUCCGCACCAACAAGCCUGUACCGGAGCACCUGUGCUCCUGGAGACCCCGUCCUGCCAACUGGCAGCGCUGCAAUAUCACUCCUUGCGAAAACAUGGAGUGCAGAGACACCACCAGGUACUGCGAGAAGGUGAAGCAGCUGAAACUCUGCCAACUGACCCAGUUCAAAUCUCGCUGCUGUGGGACUUGUGGCAAAGCCUGAAGAUGGGGUGCAGGGGAUUGCUCUGCUCUGGCCACACACAAAGGACUCGUGCAACCAAGUGGGACAGAACUCAAGCUUUCUUCAUUUUAUUUAUUUAUUUUCCCCCUUCUUCCUCCUCCCUCUCUACCCUACACACCCCCCCCUCAUCUGACUCCCUCCCUGGACCCUCUUCUUAACUAUAAGGGCCUCGACAAGCUUUCUCUUCCACAUUUCUGGAAGGCAGAAUGCGAUAAAGGCAGGAAUAGCUAGAAUUAUAAAAGGAAAGGAAGAAAAGGGUUCUAGGCUGAGCUGGGCCCAGAAAAAGCAAGCUGCUUAAAAGAGCUUCCCCCCUAGGAUGACACAGAACAACUAGGAGAAGGUAAAGUCCCCUAAAACUGCUGGCCCCUGGAGGCAAUGCUUUCACCAUGCCUAGUUAGCUCAACAGACAGGGGGAAGAAAAUUGGAGGAGAAAAAUGGAGGGGGUAGAUUUGUAUGUAUUUACACAAACCUUGGACAACUAACAGGGUGUUUGUUUUGUUCUAGAAAAGUGUGCGUGUCUGUGUAUGUGUGUCUGCGUGCACACACACGUGUGUGUGUGUGUGUGUGUGUGUGUGUGUGUGUGUGUGUGUGUGUGUGUAUCACAGGACUGUCUUGGUUUGUUUCAUCUGCCUUCCAUGUCCUCUUUGUCACAAUGAGGACCACUGGAGAGAACCAAGAAAAGUGGACUUUGAGCUAGAACCAUGCCCUCCUUCUUUGGAGGGGAAAGUAGGAAAUAAUAUCAUAAAACAGUAGAGUGUAAGGUGAAUAAAUUGGCAGGCAGUGCAGGAAUGAAGGCAGAAGAAUUGAGUUAUGAGGUACAAUAUUAUCUAAGAAACAAGAGAUGGGGAAAGAGACAGGAAAAGGUCAUGUGCAUGCAAUGGGAACUGGAGGUACCAUAUCCGGCACUAUGUCUGAGGUUAUCCUAGACUUAAAGUUGAAAAAAAUGCUCAGGGCCAUCCACUCCAACAUAUUUUACAGAUAACAAACUCGAGGCCCAAAGACAUUAAGUGAUUUACCCAAGGUCAUAGAAGCAACUAGCAACAGGGCUGGGAUUUGAACUCACAGUCCCUGGCUCCAGUCCAGCCUGCUUUUCUUUGGAUCACCCUGCCUCAUAAGAGCUGGUUAUGCUGGGCUCAAAAAUGUCAUAUGUCUACUCAACCCAUGGACUUGUGCUCCCUCUUAAAUCAGCCCUCAGAUCUGGCAUUGUGCUUUCUGUUUCUCCAUUGGGGGCCAUUCAUGUCUGCGCUGCAGCAUUCAAGAAGAAUGGCCUAGUGACUUGUAGUGGUGGGUACUUUCCAUUGACUGGCCAGCUGCACUGGAGGAGCCAUCCAGGGGCUGGAAAGCUUCCCCUUUCUCCCUUAGUGCCUUAAAAGUAGGGUGUCUUAGGCAAUGGAAGGGCUUGUUCUUAUGAGACCCCCUUUCUGCCUUUGUAGCCCCAGCUGUCAAACCCAAUUAUAUCACCUAUUAUUUUAAAUAGAGAAAGCUUCUUUCACUCAAUCAGGAGCUCCCUGACACUAAUGCCCAUUAUGCUUCAAAGGCACAAAAAGACUUCAUUUGGGAGACUCUGAUUUUGGAACAACUUCCUGUCCCUUGUUGUGGCACAACUUGGGCACAGAUGCCUUAUGUUAUCAUGUUGGUGACUUGGAUGGGGCAGCGCCUCUAGAGUAAGCCACAGCUCUGCUUCUCUGCCCACCCAAGAAUAAGAUGCCACUCGACUCUGGGGUGCUGCCACUGAGAGAGAGCCUCUUCAGACUUAACAUUCAUUCGGGGAAGUCAAGAUCCAAGUGGACAGCAACGUUCCUCUCAUGUGUCCUUCCCCCACGAUGCAAGGAGGGAAUGGUCAGAAUAUGUCUCUCUCCGUUCUUCCUCUUCCUCCACAAUUGGGCUCCCAGAAAUCAUGUUACUUAGAAUCAGUGUAAGUUUUAUUUAAAAUAAAAAGAGAAUGUCUUCUAUGUCUGUAUAUCUUUUGUGUAUAUUUAUUAGGAUUUCUUGUAUAAAAAGUGCAAUAUUAAUAAUUGUACAUGAUGUUGUCCAGAUAAUGCUAUGGGGGUGAGGUGGGGGGUGGGAAGGGUUUUUAAUGAUCUUCCUAAAGUUUUGUUCCUGUCAAAUUGGUGGUGAUAUUGUAUGUUUUCCUAUUUUUAAUGGCGUUUGGCAUCUAACUUUGGAAUACAUCCAUUCUCUGUGUACAGAAUACAUUGUAAAAUCUUACACGUGGGUUGAUGGGGCAACGGGAAAGGCUUGAUUUGUGACAUGGUAGUUUUGCAUGAAAUGAAGGGCAGAUCCCUUUAAUAAUAAUGGAGUGAUUGUUUCUAGUUCAGUAGCUAAUGGAAAACAGUGGGAAACUGUACAUUUCAUAACUAGCAAAACCUUUCCAGUGAAAUCACCUGUAGGGUUUUUGCACCUGGGACUAUGCUUUGCAGAAACCCCCAGAGAGCCACAAUUUGGAAUGGAAAAUCCGGAGCUCUCUUGCAUGGAAUGAAUGUACUUUCAAAUGUUUGUCCUGUGAAUUGUGACUUGGCAGCAUCGCAAGAAGAGAAUAAGGGUUGCUAAAUACUGUGGAAGGAUGUGAUUCCUCCCUGAAAAACACAAGUCUGUAUUUAUAUUUUUUGUACAGAUAAUGCAGCUUAUUUAUUUAAA